GCUAGGAUACUGAGCACUACAGUGUAGCUCCGGAUCAAAAUAUAUUGUAGCAAGUAGCCGUGCCAGUUCACCUCGUGAAGAGCGUAAUUAACACUUGCAUAAAAAGUUGUUUGUGAUGAGUGGAUUUCACAGGCGAGCAAGAUGACUGCAGCAGCGUCCUAUAAAUUUGAUCAUGGACACAGCAAUCCUACCAAAUGUUUCCCAACCCGGACAUUCCUGCGUCGAAGGAAAGAAGGUGCUGGUCAUUGGCUUGUGGCUUACAGAAAGGCAGAGAAACAGAAACACAGGAACGUGCACAGACGAAUAAAAGAGACUUGUAAAGAAUAUGAUAGCAACAGAGGGGCUGGUUCUCCUCAAGGUAACACAUUAGACGGACCUUUCCUGCUCCAGUUACACUGUGUUGAUAAGCCGUAUGAGCUCUGUGCUGUUGACAUCAGUGAGCAGAAACUGAACUCUGUUAAGCAUGAAGAACUCAAGGUGUUUGAUAAUGUAGCCUACAUCGAUGCAUCCAUUAACUCCCUCUCUUUAGGGUCUUUCAGCAGUUUCGUGUCUUUAAGAGAGCUCUCUCUGUCAUUAAACGGGAUCAGCAAUAUGACGUUUCAAGCUAGUGACUUUCCUCAUCUUAAGGUUUUGGAUUUGUCCUACAACUCUUUGUCAGCUGAUGAUAUUGUUUCCAUUGGGCAGCUUCCACGUCUAAAAGUCCUUCAUCUGACUGGAAAUCAGCUUCAUCAUCUUCCUCCUGAUCUGGGUUCUUCCAACCAUGACACCACUCAGCUGCCACCCAAAGAAGAAGACACACAGUUUAAAGCUCUUGAAGUCCUGAUGCUUGAUGAUAACAGACUGACCUCUGGAGUCUUCAACAGUCUUGCAAACCUCAGGAGGCUAAGGUUUUUAAACCUACAGGGGAACCGCAUUUCUGAAAUCCCAUAUUUGCAGCUGACGGGGUGUUCAAAACCAUGGCAGACUUCUAUUGAAGAGCAUGCUGGAGAAGAGGGACUUGCCCACACUGAACCAAAUCCUGACACUGGUGAAAAUUUCAAGACAAUCUCACAGAUCGCUCACAAGAAAAACUGGGACAACCACCUCAAAGGAUCCAAUUUCCCACUACCAGAGCUUCAGUUCCUGAAUUUAGCUGACAACAAGAUUGCCGAGGAAGAAGCAGUGAUGGCUGUCAGUCUUUUCCCGAUGCUCAGAGAAAUUGACCUUCACUCCAACCCUCUGACCACAAAGAGAAGUGGAGACCCUCCGUUACUGGCCUACUACCUCCAAGAGAGACUGGGGAUAACGAUAAAGCGUAAGAAGACACAGGAAGUUGUGAAGCACCCACUGAAGGUGUCCACUGAUCCAAAAUGGAAGGUGGAAGAAAAAAUCCCAAAGGUGUUGAAGAAGCCAGCAUUGAUGAACGCACCCUGUCCUUCUCAAACUCAUGUUGAGAAAAGUGAGGCGACUGUCGAGAGAACACAAGAAUCAGAGGGCGAGAAUAGCUGGGACGACACCCUCCAAGAAAACACAGAGCCCUUCUUUGUUACUCAGGCAACAGAUGUUCCCAAGUACGAGUUUGAUCUCCAACCUGGUGAAAAAGAAACCGCAGAAAACAAGGACGAUAUCAUUCCUGAAAAAUUCCCAUGCUACAAAAUGUUGAUGGAUGCGAAACCAAACCCUGAUGUGGUGGAGCCCGUUGCAGGAAUUCAGACCACUGUUCGGAUGCUGGAACACGCACUGAAGAAUCUUAAUAUUUACAGAGACUCUAAACCAAAACUUGAUAGUAUCCAGACGCCAUACAGAGGAAGAGAGAGAAGGAUUAAAAACCUUCCACCUUUGAAGCCAAUAAAACACCCCACUGAAAGGGUCCAUGAACUGAUCAAGGAAAUCAAAGAGAGUACGACGAUCAGAGAAGUCCCCUUAAGCAGUGCCAUACAUGGCACAGGCGUUAACAAGCAAGAGCAUAAGGAAGCUCUGUCCCUGCUGAGUGACAUCAAGACUAAGCACAGGAUGGUGUAUAAGAAAUCAAUGGAACAAGCAGCCAGCAUCAAGUCUGAUAGGAACACCAACCAAAGCAGAGCAGACCCCUCAUCUGUGCAGACGCUUUAAGUCAUAUUCAACUGUGGUUUUCUUACUGUCUUGAUUAACAACUUGUUGAUGUUGAAUGAUUGAUUGAUUGAUUGAUUGAAAACAAACUCAUCUUUCACAAAUAAAAGUAUA